AUCUGAACAUGCAAUUCAUCUGACUACCAAAAGUGCCAUCAGGACGUUCGAAUGAACACCCACGUUUUCCGGCACGCAGCUAUUGGAGCAGGGUCAUGAGACCACACUCAAUCCUCAUCAGCACUCCUCCAGCAACAUCAAAACAUGGCUAACCGAUUUCUCAAACAAGAAGUCUACCAAAAACCCCUCUCCUACGAACCUCCCGCCUUCCCAUCCCUCUACUGGCCCUUCCCCGUAAGCGGCCCUCAAAAUGUCUACCUCUACGACGUGGAAUCCAUGUGGCGCUUCACACUCUACUGGACACUAAUUUGCGUGGGCGGCGUACACUUGAUAGCGGCAGCCUACGCUUGUGCUAUGCAGUGGCGGAACUGGAAAGUGAUCUGGAUCGUGCCGCUAGUCUAUGCCGUGAUUGGAGCGACAGAGGCUGUGAUUGCUGGUUGUGUUACAGGCAUUCUACUCGCUGGCUGCUAUACUGCUGGUUUCUUCCGCAUGUCGACGUGGAUUCCUUUCGCAUGGGGCAUCACGAAUUCUCUGGUCCUCAUUCUGGCUUCUUUCGCCAUACAAGGCGGAAUGUGAGGCAAUAGCACACAGGCCACCGGGCAAUACCAUCUGGUUAGGCCACUUCUGAAGUGCCAAGUGCUUGAGAUAACGCGGCCUCUUGGGCACGGCCGUGCAGGAUCUGGUCACAACGGCUUUUAAUCUAAGAAGCAUCUC